AUGCCAUCAGCCACCGCAUCAUCAUCCGCACAGCAUCCGCGCGGCGCGGACCAAGCGUCGGCAGGCGCAUCCGCCACGGGCUUUCGCGGUCCCGUCCCGCGCGACGCCCGCCUCAUGGCCCUCAUCCUGGCCAGCAUGGGCGUCUCGAACGCAGAGCCAGAGGUGCUCCUCCAGCUCCUCGAGUUCGCCCACCGCUACACCUACGACGUCCUCAGCGAUGCCCUCGUCUAUGCCGACCACGCAUCGACGCGUCAGGGUACCUCGUCGGUCUCGCUCGACGACGUCACCCUCGCCAUCCAGAGCAGGGUAAACUAUAGCUUCACAACACCGCCCGAAAAAGACACGCUCCUGGCACUAGCCACCUCCCUCAACUCGGUCCCGCUACCCCCCAUCUCGGAUCGCCACGGCGUGCGUCUACCACCGCAGCAACACUGCCUCACCAACGUCAACUUUACCAUCAUCCCCAACCCGCCUCCGCCAGACUACGACGAGGCCGAAGAUGACACCGACGGCAACGAUGCCCAGCAGCAAUCCGCAUCGGAACCUUCAGCGAGCACCGCCGCUGCUGCUACCGCUGCAACUGCCAAUGGCAACGCGACGGCGGCGGCGGCACCGAGCCGUAUGCUGGUGGGCGACGAUGACGACUACGAUGACGACGACGGGGAUGCGGCACUGCCACCACAGGCGGCGUCGACGGCUGCAGGGCCUGGCACCGCUGUGGGCGCUCCACGAGAGGCAGGACAGGCCGCCGAAGGUGACGGCGACGUCAGCAUGUCGACCGAUGCAGCCGCCUCGCAGCCACCACCACCACCACCACAACAACAACAGACACAAGCCCCCUCAGCCGAACAGCGUGGCGUAAAACGUAGCCUCGACGAGGACGAGGAUUACGAUUGA